AUGAUUGCAACCGGCGGCCUCCUGAGAAUCAACGCGCGGCGUCAGGACUCGCUGAAGAACAAGACACAAAAACCACACCCACACAAGAAGAGGAACAAGAAGAAACGGUAACACACACACACACACACACAUGGACAUACCUUUGGGGAUAUCAGUACAGAAUGAUGUCACUUCCUGUCCCCCAGGAGGAGCGAGGUGGUGGUGGUGAAGGGGAAGCUGAAGCUGUUCUCUGUUUCUGGUCUCGUGGCGGCGCUCGGCAUCCUCGUCCUUUUGGUGGGCGGAGUCAUGGCCGCUCUGGGCUACUGGCCUCGAGAUGGACUGUUCUUCAGCACUCGACCACAAGAGGGCACCGCCAUGGCCUCGGUGUCUUCAGGAGGCUCAACACCUGAUCCUGCAGACCUUCAGGUGAGAGCAUGAAAACCAGAGCAGGUCUGAUGGUGGAGAGGUGAACGUCUCUGAGAAAUAGGGUUGUAGAAGAUGUCACGGAGAAGAAUCAGGUGUUUGUUUGUUUUCUUUUCAUCGACCUUUGUCCGGUUCCAGGAGGGACAGACGGGAAAGGAUGGAGAUGAGGAACCCAGUAGAUCUGGGGAGGAAGAAGGAGGAGGAGAUGAAGAAAGAGAAGUGUUCGGUUUUAACCAAACAGAAAAUGUCAACGGGACGAUUGGACGGCUUCAAAAGAGCUUCCUGGAGGAUUUUCUGGACAGGUAAAACACCUUUGAGUAGAUGUAGGACCAACAAUGGUUCUGUCCACCGUUCUUCAUGUUCUUCUUCUUUUGCUGAUCUUCAGGUUCCCCCAGAAUCUCAUAGUCCUUGAACCUGGUUUGUUUCAGAUGUGGUCAUGGGUCAUGAGGUUAAACUCGUGUCUUCAUGGUAUCUCAUGGUUCUCAGGGUCCUUCAAAGGGUCUUGUAGAAGAUUCUGGAGGUAUUUCGGGGGUCAGUCCUCGGCAGAAGACCACAGACGGGGCAAACACACGGAGAGAACUCGUCUCAGAGUCUUCAGCUGAACUCUCCACCUGUGCUGCUCUAACUGUUGGAUGUCUGUCUCACCUGUCUGUAGGUACCUGUACUCUGAUAGGCUGAAGGUCUUCGGUCCUCUCAUCAUGGGCAUCGGGAUAUUCCUCUUCAUCUGCGCCAACGCCGUCCUGCAUGAGAACCGCGACAAGAAGACCAAAGUGAUCAACCUGCGGGACAUCUACUCCACCGUCAUCGACCUCCACAGCCUCCGCAAACCCAACGCCUCCUCCGCCACUUCCUCCAACCCCCUCAACGGCCUCAUCAACUACGUCCAAUCAAAGAGCCUGGAGACCAAACCCAGAGCAUACCCCGCCUCCCUGAAGAGCAGGAGGGAGGGGCCAGGGGACGGAGGUGGUGGACUGUCCACCAGACAGCUGUUACCUGGCAGCAACAGAGGAGGAGGCGGGGCCUGUGAUGGAGACGAAGGAGAUGGUGUGUUCAGUAUCUACCAGGAGAGGCAGGAGACUCCUUCUCCGCCCUCCUCCUCCUCGGACAGACACUCCCUCCCCCCCAGCUUCAGCCCUCCUCGCCCCUCCACCUGCUGGACCUCCUUCCAGAGGGACACUCUCAACUCCUUCACCUUACCGCUGCGCCGCCCACGACCCUCCUUCCCCCGCAGGAGGCACUCAGCGCGGGAGGGGACGAGCCGGGCCUGGGGCUCAGGAGAGGAGGAGGAGGAGCAGAGGAUGGAGGGAGAAGACCACAGACAGGAGGAGGAGGAGGGAGUCUAUCCAGGUUCUCCACCUCCUCUGGACUCCUCCACACCCCCUCAGCCCAGACCCGCCCACUCCUCAGCAGCUUCUUCCAGUCUCCACAAGGGGGCACCAGAAGGUUCCCAGGCCCUGCUCCUGCUCUCCUGCUCCUCCCUCACCCCCUCUCACCUGUCCCUCUCCUCCCUGUCUCACCUCCUGACUUCCUCCUCCCCCACACCGGCCCCGCCCUGCAGGAGGCGGAGCCUGCCGAGCGGCUGCAGUGCGGCGGGUUACAGCAAACUGACUCAGGGAGAGGGAGAAUCGUUCGAGUCCACCGAGAUGACCACAUAUCAUGUGACAUCACAGGGUCGGGGUCAGAGGUCAGGGGAAAUGGCGUUACAUCGGGAGUUCUCCAAUGAUUCGGGGACGUUCAGGAUGGUCUCACAGGUGGAGUCAGGUGUGAAGAAGAAUAAAGACGAGGGCUGA